AUGUCGACUAGUCCAAAUUCGGCACCUAUGCAAACAAAACCUCGCGUUGGUCUUUCUAUGACUCUUAAAGAGCUUUCGCGACAAACUUUUCAAACACCCUUCUCGCCAAUAAAGAAAGCCCGGAGCCCAUCACCUCUGAUUGGCAAUUACGCGUCCACUCAACUCAAAUUGCCACCCCCAACCCCUCCGAAACCACGCGCUACAUUACAAAAAUGUCGGUCUGCAUCCACAAUGAUGUCGUCUGCAAAGUCGAUGGUGAAACCGAUGAAACACAAAUUGGGUGAGUCUGAGAAAUAUCAAAUAGUGAAGUAUCUCAAAACGACGAAGGAUGUGAUUUCGUUUGCAAAUGUUACGAAGAGUAACCAGAAAGUACUUUCACUCUUUGAGUACAACCCAGUCCCUGUCAAACACUUGAAACUCUUUCCUAAUAUGGACGUCUUACUCCUUUAUAAUCCAACAGACUUUCCUAUCAUAUCAAACCAAGUCUCACGCGUCAUUAAAGUGACUUCAACAAGUCUAACAGAAGCUUUGGAAUUGGCUUAUGAGAACAUCGAGGUGUACUCUAUCGAAUAUUCAAGUGAAGACGUCGCACAGUUUGGCCCCGUUAUACCAGAGAUCUGCAGCGCUAUUGGAGACAACUGUUUUUCAGACUCUUCAACUCUUCGGUUUGUCCCGUUCCCCCCGAACGUUCACCGACUCGGCAAUUUCUCAUUUGCAAGAUGUAACUUGCUAACUACGGUAGUCAUCCCCUCAACAAUUACUAAACUGGGAAAUGGAUGUUUCUAUCAAUGCACGAAUUUGGAGAAGAUAUAUCUCCAUUGCUUGAUAUCAAAAAUAGGAGAAGACUGUUUCUCAUAUUGUGAAAAGCUUAGAGAGAUAGUGGUCGACUUGAAGUAUAAUUAUUUCAAUGCAGACGUCCCUUGCUGGAUAGGGGAGAUCAUCGAGAAGAGUGGGAAGAAGUGCAUGAAGAAGGUGUACACCAAGUACGACAGAGAGAAGUUUGGUAUCACAAAGCCGGAGGAUGUCUUUGAAUUGGGCGAAUUUUGUUAUUCCAAAAGUGGUGUUGGGAAUGAGGCGCUUUUGAAUGUGAAAGUAGUUGGAAAUCACUGCUUUGAAUUGUGUUGUAAUUUGCGCGACAUAACAAUUUCUAAUGAAAUUGAGCGAUUGGGAUACUCUGCUUUUGCUCUUUGUACCAAUCUGACUAAAAUUGACUUCAGUCAGAACACCGCCAAACAGUUACCUGGUUCUUUACUUUGUGAAUGUUGUCAAUUGCAAGAAAUAGUGUUUAAUAGCGAAAUAGAGAGGAUUGAAGGAAGGUGUUUUUAUGGAUGUGUAAGUUUGGAGCACAUUGAACUUCCAAAUACAGUGAGUUAUCUUGGAGAAAUGUGCUUUUCACAGUGUAAAAAAUUGAAGGAAAUUGUCAUUGGGGAGAGAAUGAGGGAAUUGGGGUAUUCAUGUUUUUCAGAAUGUUAUAUGUUGGCUGAUAUGAAAAUGGAGGAAAUAGAGAUCAUCCCAGAGUCCUGUUUUGAGCAGUGUCGAUCAUUGAUUGAAGUUAAAAUGGGGAAUGCCGUGUUGAUACAGAAAAGUGCGUUUAAGAAUUGUUCUCAAUUACGGAGUAUAACUGUUGAUUGGGGACAAGUCGAAAUCGAACCAAUUGCGUUUGACGGAUGUCAAGAACUCAAUUCGAACAUUAAAGACAUUGUUAUAGAGAAACAGAAUGAGAGUUUGUUUGGUCACUUCUAA